ACGGUUUGCAGUUGUCGGUACCGAUUCAAUGUAGUGAACGGAAGAGGCCACUGGCCAGCGAGAGAAUUGAAUUGCUAGUAAUGGCUAUGGUUGCGUACAGUCACGGCGCUUCCAUCUCUCUCUAUCCUCAACUUCACCGGCGAUCAUCCUCCUCACGCGGCGAUCCUGAGACUUGCAAUCGCUUCUUCCUUACGCCAAUCGCUCGAUCAGCUCCAAAGAAACCGAAAUCUAUAGCGACCUGAUUUGCCUCGUACUCGCUCUCGACUGGAUUUGCCUAUAUCGUGCUCGAAAGAGUUGAUUGAGCGCUUGUUAAAUCGUGAGGACUUGAAUGAAGAAGAGGCUGAAGCUGCGCUCUACUUCUUGCUUAAUGACCGCAGUGAAGUGUUAAUCAGUGCUUUUCUUGUUCUAUUAAGAGCCAAGGGAGAGACAUAUGAAGAAAUUGUAGGACUAGCAAGAGCAAUGAUCAAAUGCUGCAAGAAGGUUGAUGGGAUAGAUAAUGCGGUUGACAUCGUCGGAACAGGGGGUGAUGGGGCAAACACGGUAAACAUUUCAACAGGGGCGGCUAUGCUUGCCGCUGCUUGUGGUGCCAAAGUUGCAAAGCAAGGUAACCGAUCAAGUUCUUCUGCUUGUGGGAGCGCAGAUGUUUUGGAAGCCUUGGGUGUUGUCAUUGAUUUGGAGCCUGAGGGGGUAAAGAUGUGCAUGGAAGAAGUGGGAAUUGGUUUUAUGAUGUCUCCUAAAUACCAUCCAGCAAUGAAGAUUGUCGCACCUGUGAGGAGAGUGCUAGGAGUGAAGACUGUAUUUAAUAUCUUGGGUCCAAUGUUGAAUCCGGCACGGGUACCUUCUGCAGUUGUUGGUGUAUACAAGGAAGACAUAGUCAAUAAGAUGGCUGAGGCACUGCAAAAGUAUGGUAUGAGAAGAGCACUAGUAGUUCACUCAGAGGGUUUAGACGAAAUGAGCCCUCUAGGACCUGGAGUAGUUCUUGACAUCACACCAGAAAAGAUAGAGAAAUCUUCCUUUGAUCCCUUGGAUUUUGGUAUUCCUCGGUGCACUCUGGAGAACUUGCGGGGAGGAGGCCCAGAGUACAAUGCGAAGGUACUAAGGCGAGUCCUGUCUGGUGAGAGAGGACCAAUAGCAGACGCAUUUGUCCUGAAUGCUGCAGCAGCACUCUUGGUUAGUGGAUGCGUUGGCAACCUAGGAGAAGGCAUAGCUUUGGCACGGGAAACUCAUCGAUCAGGGAAGACUCUUGACACGCUUGACCGGUGGAUUGAAGUGUCACGGGCUUUUGACAUCAACUGAUGGAUCAGAUGAAGGCAUUCUAUAGUCUGCGUACUGUUUUCAGGUCAAGGCGCCAUAUACCAUCAGUUGUUUUUGUUAAUCCAAGUCCCUAGUGUUCCGGAAUAGUCUUUUAAUGGAUAGCCGUAACAGUUGACUGUUUUAAGAUCGAUUUGGAACGUAGCCCGUGUCGGAUAAGCUAUGUCCUUAGAACCACCAUGUAUGGACUUGGGUUGUAUGUUUGAAGAUGCUGAUCUUGUAUGACAAGUUAUCUGGAAUCCAUGUUUGAAGAUGCU